AUGGAGGGGGAUGUCGAUGGCGUCAUGGAGCGGCCGACCUCGGCUUCCGGCAUGCCAGCCGACGAGCUUCAACGCGAGAAAGACAAGUGGGAUGCAUGGAACCUCCAGAAAGGUCUGAGCCGGACGGAGGCGAAGAGGAGAUACAUCGAGGCAUUGAUCGAGACGAUGCACAAAUAUGCGACAACACCAGACGCAAAAGAACUAGUCUCGGAACUCGAGUUCGUAUGGAAUCAGAUCAAGAACAAUAGCCCCAGCUCGACCGACUCCUCACCGAAAGGCACAGGUUACACCGGUGAAUUACGACAGUUCCAGCCACCCCUGACCGGAUCCGAAGGCCCCCUGAAGGUUCUCAGCCCCAUGAGCGAGGACGAUGCGGCAGAAAGGAACUCAGAUGGAAGGAUAGGUUACGACGACGAUGACGAAGGGGGCGCGCUCGUGCCUAGCAGUAACUGGUCCCGCAGCGUGGAGCGCGCACUCGAGAAGCUGUCCGCCGAGGUCGCGGCAUUACGAGAGCAAAUAACAACAGGCAGAGAGUGGAAGUCCAAAAAGUCACGAAGCUUCCCAGCCUGGCUACGAUGGUUUACAUGGGUUAUCAUGAAACAUCUAGCCAUCGAUAUGGUGCUGCUAGCCUUCAUCCUACUGUGGAUGCGCAAGCGGAAGGACCGGCGACUGGAAGACUUGGUCCGGGCAGGGGUGAAAUUGAUGCGGGACGACACCGAUCUGUUUACGACGGACUCGUGGGCAAGAUGCAAGCCACAAGUGAUCAGUCGACGAGACUUGGAAAGGCAGAGGCCUCUGCUGAUUAUACCAUGGGAGGAGGAGGAGGAUAUCCCACAAGCCGUGCCGGCUCUGGCGAUGUUCGUUCCUUUAGAAGAGAGCCUCUUCGAUCCCUACGACGCUCCGCGUACCGAGAUUGAGCGCAUCAAGCUCUGCCAAGAGAAUCUCGAAAAACACACAGCCGCCGUCGAGCAGAACCUUGUCUUUGUUUAUGAGAGAGAGCACAAGCGAAUCUUACAGGUUGCGAAACAAGAAGAAGCGGAAAAGGGCUUCAUUGAGACGCCUGUGGGCCUCAUGCAAGGCGAGGAAGCUCUCAUCAUGGAGUCAGUCCACGCCCCGAUACCGCCCGGCGCCGAUUAUAACGACCGGCACUUGUCCACGUACAAGCCUCCCGAGACUCCGCAAGUGAUGCCUCCCAGGCCAUCAGCACUUCAAUGGUCUCUUUACAAUGCUGGCCAAGCCGUGGGUCAACUGCACGGAUACCACAACCACGCCCAAGAGCUCAAAGAGGCUUAUCAAGAGAUGUUGAACGCUGUACUCAAGGCAUCGUUUGCCGACCAAGGGCAGGGGGAUGAACCUGCUCGGAGCUAG